CCUCCCCCCGAUUGCUUCAGAACCUCCCCCUGCCUCUGUGACCCCCUCCUCAUCCCAACUGCCAUGGAACUUUCCCCCAUUGCUGUGACCUCCCAAAUGCCAUGGAACCUUUGCCCAGUCCCCACUUCUGUGAUCCACCCCUUCCUCGCCACUGCCCUCCUUGUUGCUACAAAACCUUUCCUUGCCAGCAGCCGCCCAUCACCCACCUGAGCAGGAGGAAAAAUGAAGGAGCAGACUCGCCCCCAGCAGUGUCACCACCCUUUGAGAUCCAUGUGGAGAACGUCCUUCAUGUCACAUGUUUUCCGUGAGCCCUAAGACCACAGCUGUCUGCAGUGUCAUCUGAGAUCUUGAGAGCCACACACAGUUAUGGGAGAUUCUCCAGCCGACACUACUGAUGAAGGUGCAGACACAUGCUGCAAAGACACUCAGACUGACCUGGCAGAGAGAGUAGCAGCCAUAGAUGUUGCUGUUGGGCCUAAUAUAGAUGACCAAAAUAUUCAAGAAGCAAUAGAAGAGAAUGACACAGUCUUUUCUGACAGUGUAGCAGAGAUGCAGAGGAAUGGGAUCCGUAGUGACAUGGUAACAAAUGAAUCUUUACCUUCACAAGACCCAGAGGAUGUUCAUCAGAUGAAUGUUCCAAAGAAAGCUCCCACUAGGCCUGUUCUAUCCAGCAGAAAGUUGUCUCUUCAAGAAAGACCGUCAGGAAGCUACCUGGCUUCUACCAAUGCUCCAGGCUAUGGUCCUUAUGCAACAGGACCUUUAACACAUAUCUCGCCACGUAUAGUGAGGAGACCAACGAUAGAGUCCAACCGGAUCGCCAUCUCAGAUUCUGAGGACUGUGUGCAAUUAAACCAAUACAAGCUGCAAAGUGAAAUUGGCAAGGGCUCCUAUGGUGUUGUGAAACUGGCCUACAAUGAGAGUGACGACAAGUAUUACGCUAUGAAAGUCCUCUCCAAAAAGAAGCUACUGAAACAGUAUGGAUUUCCACGUCGACCUCCCCCUAGAGGAUCCAAAGCAACUUCUGGUGGGCAGCUGAAACCAAUGGCACCGCUGGAUAGAGUUUAUCAAGAAAUAGCCAUCUUAAAGAAACUGGACCAUAUCAACAUUGUGAAACUGAUUGAGGUACUGGAUGAUUCUGCAGAGGACAAUCUGUACAUGGUGUUUGACCUUCUGCGCAAGGGACCUGUCAUGGAGGUGCCAACUGACCAGCCAUUCACUGAAGAGCAGGCUCGGCUCCACUUUAAGGACAUUGUCUUGGGCAUAGAGUACUUACACUAUCAGAAGAUCAUUCACCGGGACAUCAAGCCUUCCAACCUGCUCUUGGGAGACGAUGGGCAUGUCAAAAUAGCUGAUUUUGGAGUCAGUAAUCAGUUUGAAGGGAAUGAUGCCCAGCUUUCCAGUACUGCCGGGACACCAGCCUUCAUGGCUCCAGAGGCGAUUUCAGAUUCUGGCAAAAGCUUCAGUGGAAAGGCACUUGAUGUAUGGGCCAUGGGAAUUACUUUGUAUUGCUUUGUAUAUGGGAAGUGCCCUUUUAUAGAUGAAUACAUUCUGUCUCUCCAUAACAAGAUCAAGAACAAGGCGGUGGAGUUCCCAGAAGAGCCACAGAUAAGUGAAGAGCUCAAAGAACUGAUUGCAAGGAUGCUGGAUAAAAAUCCAGAAACGAGGAUAAUGGUUCCUGAGAUUAAGUUGCAUCCCUGGCUAACAAAGUUUGGGGAGGAUCCACUGCCUCUGGAGGAAGAGCAUUGCACUGUGGUGGAGGUGACUGAGGAGGAGGUGAAGAAUUCCGUCAAGACAAUCCCAAGCUUGCCAGCUGUAAUUUUAGUGAAAGCCAUGCUAAGGAAACGCUCAUUCGGAAACCCAUUUGAGGUUCAGGCCAGAAGGGAAGAGAGGUCCAUGUCUGCUCCAGGAAACCUAUUAAUAAAGCAAGGGAGCAGAGAAGGAAUAAAGGACCCUGAUCUCCCUGACGUCUGUGAAGAUGAGGCUACUUCAUGAAGCCACGUGCAUGUCCUGGAUUGGUUAUUUACUGCUGUUGUAACCAUUGUGUUGUGUCACACACAUUCUGCUCUCAUGAACCAAAGUUUGUGACCUGAAAAACUGAAAUUGAAAAGAGGAAACAAGCAACAACAACUAACAGUGCGAGUUCUUUGGAAAUGGUUUACUCAUGGAAUGCUAUGUUGUAUUACUCAUUGGCUUCAUUCAACAUGUAAGAUGUUUCUCUGUAUUUGAAAUGUGCCUCAUUCUCCAUUUGUGCUUCAGCCUACGUUGUGUGGUCAUUAUAGUCUGGCAUCUUGACCAAUUAAUGUGUGUUUAUUUAUAAUUCAAAGAACCAAACUUUAUCUAAUAAGGCACUUGCCAUCAAGAUGUUUUCCAGCUUUUUGCAUUCUGCAUUCAAAGUACCAAGAAAAAAGAUAUGCAGUAGCCAGGUCUUAGGUUAACUUUUAGUUAUUACUCAAGUGCUUAAAUUUACUGGGGCACAGU